CCAAGGGCCAUCACGUGGGGUAGGCGGAGAGCGGGCAGGGUGGGGUUCGGCGGCGCCCGGCGAGGAUCAAAGUGCGGCUGCAGACUGGGCAGGACUCAACGGGGUGGAACAGCCAUGCCCAAGUACUGCCGGGCUCCGAACUGCUCCAACACUGCGGGCCGACUGGGCGCUGACAACCGCCCCGUGAGCUUCUACAAGUUCCCACUGAAGGACGGCCCCCGGCUGCAGGCCUGGCUGAGGCACAUGGGCCAUGAGGACUGGGUGCCCAGCUGCCACCACCAUUUGUGCAGUGAGCACUUCACACCUUCCUGCUUCCAGUGGCGCUGGGGUGUGCGCUACCUGCGGCCUGAUGCAGUGCCAUCCAUUUUCUCCCCAGCACCACCUGCUAAGAGGCAGCAGAGUUCCCGAAGCACUGAGAAGCCAGUCGUGUCUCCCUCUUCACCAGAGGCCAUGCCCCUGUCUCCGGAUCCAGCUGUCUCAGCCCCUGGCCCUAUGCACCUUGCGGUACUGGGGUCAGCAUCUGGAGGCCCUGAAGCCACGGCCACCAUGUUCCUGACCUCCCUGCCUCCUCCUCCUGCUCCUGCCAGGCCACAGCCUGGAGUCCAGGCCCAGAACUCUCUGGCUGGGCUGGGCAGUGUCCUGGGAGCACUGCAGAAGCGGGUGUGGAGGCUGCAGCGGCACCAUGAGCAGCAUCAGGUGCAGCUGCAGGCUCUAGAACAGCUGGUACAGCAGCUGUGCAAGGAGGGCCUGCCAGCUAGGCGCUCCAGGGCCUGCUAUGCCUGCUUCCUGGACGUGAGGAAUCCCAUCAUCUGUGGAGGGCCUGACAUAGCUGUGGUCAUUGCCCAGAGGCCUGCACCUCCCACACUGGAUGCCAAGCCUGAGCUCCUGGACACUAAGACCCCCAGUGCAUAAGGACCAGGAUAGAUAAUGUCGUGGGACAGAUGAUAGAAAACAGAGGAAGAAAAAAGAAAACAGAGGAAGAGAUACUCCUCAAACAUGGGCCUGCCUUGUCCCACUACCCGUGCCUGGGCCAUUGCAGCACCCCCUUCUACAGACCCUUUGAACCUUGGAGUUGACCUGGGCCCAAACCACAUCAGUGCUUAUUUCCCUUGAUGCCAGGUCCCUGCUACUCCUCGCUUGAACUUUUGUAGUCAGUAAAGCAGUUUCAGAGCAGAACAAGGAUUGUUUAUUUGGGGGAAAAUUGUACCUGGUACCUCAUACCCGUUGGCCAAGUCGGGUGCCAAGCUGGGAAUAAUACAGCAGUGAACACAGCUGACAAAAUCCUGUCCUCAUGGUGCUCCUAUUCUGCUUAAGUGGAAGAUAAACUAGUAAACUAAUAAACAAGAUAAUUUCGGAUUGUGAUAAGUGCUGAAAAGACUAAAUGAAAAUGUGAUGGGGCAGGGGUUGUGGAUGGAUGAAUGAAUGAAGAGGACUCUUUAAGGAGACAACGUGUGCGCAGACUCCUGGAUGAGAGGAGCUGGCCUGGAAGGCAUAUGGGCUGGAUCCUCCGUGGAGAACAGCCCCUGCAAAUGCCCAACACUUAGGGUGUCAGCUGGAGGAGGGCAG